UUUGACUUUCCCUUUCCAAUGACUAAUCUGCUGAUUCAAUCCUUGAAUUCCACCAUUAUCACGUUGUAAAACCUUUCGUUUCAUCUUCGUCUCCUUCUUCCUCUCGCCACUGUUCCUCUCCCAUGGGGGUUCUCUCCAGAGCUCUCCUCUUCCUUUUCCUUCUCCCUCUCCUCUCUCUCAAACCCAUCUUCUCCGUCGAUUUCAUCUUCAACGGCUUCGAUGGUUCUUCCUCUCCCUCUCGUCUCUCUCUCUUUGGCAACGCCACGAUCGAGUCUCGGGUCUUAACAUUGACCAACCAGACAUCCUUCUCCAUCGGUCGGGCUCUGUACAGAGACAGGAUCCGGACCAAAGACCCUGAAACCUCCUCUGUUCUCUCCUUCUCCACUUCUUUCAUCUUCUCCAUGGCUCCUUACAAGAACACUCUUCCUGGGCACGGAAUCGUCUUCCUCUUCGUGCCCUUCGCGGGAAUCAACGGCUCGAGCUCCGCUCAGCAUCUGGGUCUCUUCAAUUUCUCCAACAACGGCGAUCCGAACAACCACGUCUUUGGAGUUGAAUUCGACGUGUUCGCCAAUCAGGAGUUCAGCGACAUCGACGAUAACCAUGUCGGUGUCGAUGUGAAUUCCCUUACAUCGGUCGAUUCCUACACAGCUGGGUACUGGUCCGAUGUCGAGAGGCAAGGGUUCAAGAGAGUGAAGCUCAACGAUGGAAGAAAUUACCAGGUCUGGAUCGAUUACAGAGAUUCACUGGUCAAUGUAACGAUGGCGAUUGCAGGUAGGUUGGUCGAAUCCCAUAAGAUUCUAGCUUGGAGCUUCAGUAACUCGAAUUUCUCGUUGAGCGAGAGCUUGAUCACAUCUGGUUUGCCCUCGUUUGUUCUACCGAAAGAAUCCGUUGUCCGAUCGAAAUGGUUCGUUUCGGUCCUCGUCUUGGUCGUUUUCAUCGCCGUUUCCUCGAUCGCUCUGUUGUCUGUUCUUGUGGUGAGAAGGAGAAGCGAAAUGGCGAGGAGGAGAGCAGAGAUGGAGGAUUGGGAAAUGGAGUAUUGGCCUCACAGAAUAGCCUACGAGGAGAUCGAAGCAGGAACUGAUGGAUUCUCCGACAAGAACGUGAUAGGGAUCGGUGGGAAUGGGAAUGUAUACAAAGGCGUGUUGCCGGGAGGUGUCGAGGUCGCGGUUAAACGAAUCUCGCACGAAAACGGCGACGGAAUGAGGGAGUUCUUGGCUGAAGUCUCGAGUCUCGGAAGGUUGAAGCAUCGGAAUCUAGUGACGUUACGAGGAUGGUGCAAGAAAGAGAGAGGUGGCAGCUUCAUGAUGCUGGUAUACGAUUACAUGGCGAACGGGAGUUUGGAUCGACGGAUAUUCGACCCGAGAAACGUGGUCCUUAGCUGCGAAGAACGGAUACGGAUCCUGAAAGGAGUGGCGGCCGGAGUUUCGUACUUGCACGAGGGAUGGGAAGCUAAGGUCUUGCACCGGGAUAUCAAGGCGAGUAAUGUGUUACUUGACCAAGACAUGACCCCGAGGCUCAGUGAUUUUGGGCUAGCCAGGGUCCAUGUACACGGGCAGGUGGCUAGGACCACUCGUGUGGUGGGGACCGCCGGUUACUUGGCCCCGGAGGUGGUCAGGACAGGACGGGCAUCGACCCAAACAGACGUGUUCGGGUUCGGGGUUCUAGUUCUUGAAGUGAUGUCCGGAAGGCGGCCGGUGGAAGAAGGGAAGUCUCCAUUGGUGGAUUGGGUGUGGGAAUUGAUGGAAAGAGGGGAGAUUUCGAGAGCCCUCGACCCGAGGAUGAUGAUGUCGGGUGAGGUCGGGGUUGAGGCCGAGAGGGUAUUGCGAGUAGGGCUGAUAUGUACGCAUCCCGACCCGAGCAAGAGACCGAGGAUGAGGGAAGUGGUUCACGUGAUGGAAGGGGAUAAGGCCGAGAUUUUCGAGGCCGAGAGCGAGGGGAUCAUCGAGGCGUGGUUACUGAACAAGAUCGGGUCGAGAAACUCGCAGGAGUUUUGGUACGGAUCGAGUUUGCAUCCGACGAUAGAACAGAUCAGACAGUCUCAUUCCUCGUCCAUGUCUCUGUCUUCUUGGAACAGCGCCAUUGUUGAGGGCAGGUGAUUCAAAAACAGCAAGGCUUCAAAACCUUAUCAUUGGUUUUUUUUUUUUGGCUCUUUGCUUUCCGUUGAAGCUUUUUUUUUUUGUACAUAUGGUUUCAUUGGUUCAUCUGGUUCUGUUUUUUUUUUCGCAAAAGAAACAUGGCUUGUUUCACCCACGUUUUUUUUCCAUUUUUUUUUGGGUAAAAGAUAAGGUUCCUCUCA